UUCAUCAUCUCUCUCUCUCUCUCUCUCUCUCCUCUAACCAUGGCGGCGGCAACAUCGUCUUCUCCGAUCUCCUUAACCGCUAAACCUUCUUCCAAAUCCCCUCUACCCAUUUCCAGAUUCUCCCUUCCCUUCUCCUUAACCCCACAGAAAGACUCCUCCCGUCUCCACCGUCCUCUCGCCAUCUCCGCCGUUCUCAACUCACCCGUCAAUGUCGCACCUCCUUCCCCUGAAAAAAUCGACAAGAACAAGACUUUCGUCUCCCGCUACGCUCCCGACGAGCCCCGCAAGGGUGCUGAUAUCCUCGUCGAAGCCCUCGAGCGUCAAGGCGUCGAAACCGUCUUUGCUUAUCCCGGAGGUGCUUCCAUGGAGAUCCACCAAGCCUUGACUCGCUCCUCCACCAUCCGUAACGUCCUUCCCCGUCACGAACAAGGAGGAGUCUUCGCCGCCGAGGGUUACGCUCGUUCCUCCGGCAAACCGGGAAUCUGCAUAGCCACUUCGGGUCCCGGAGCUACCAACCUCGUCAGCGGGUUAGCAGACGCGAUGCUUGACAGUGUUCCUCUUGUCGCCAUUACAGGACAGGUCCCUCGCCGGAUGAUCGGUACUGACGCCUUCCAAGAGACACCAAUCGUUGAGGUAACGAGGUCUAUUACGAAACAUAACUAUUUGGUGAUGGAUGUUGAUGACAUACCUAGGAUCGUUCAAGAAGCUUUCUUUCUAGCUACUUCCGGUAGACCCGGACCGGUUUUGGUUGAUGUUCCUAAGGAUAUUCAGCAGCAGCUUGCGAUUCCUAACUGGGAUCAACCUAUGCGCUUACCUGGCUACAUGUCUAGGUUGCCUCAGCCUCCGGAAGUUUCUCAGUUAGGUCAGAUCGUUAGGUUGAUCUCGGAGUCUAAGAGGCCUGUUUUGUACGUUGGUGGUGGAAGCUUGAACUCGAGUGAAGAACUGGGGAGAUUUGUCGAGCUUACUGGGAUCCCCGUUGCGAGUACUUUGAUGGGGCUUGGCUCUUAUCCUUGUAACGAUGAGUUGUCCCUGCAGAUGCUUGGCAUGCACGGGACUGUGUAUGCUAACUACGCUGUGGAGCAUAGUGAUUUGUUGCUGGCGUUUGGUGUUAGGUUUGAUGACCGUGUCACGGGAAAGCUCGAGGCUUUCGCUAGCAGGGCUAAAAUUGUGCACAUAGACAUUGAUUCUGCUGAGAUUGGGAAGAAUAAGACACCUCACGUGUCUGUGUGUGGUGAUGUAAAGCUGGCUUUGCAAGGGAUGAACAAGGUUCUUGAGAACCGAGCGGAGGAGCUCAAGCUUGAUUUCGGUGUUUGGAGGAGUGAGUUGAGCGAGCAGAAACAGAAGUUCCCUUUGAGCUUCAAAACGUUUGGAGAAGCCAUUCCUCCGCAGUACGCGAUUCAGAUCCUCGACGAGCUAACCGAAGGGAAGGCAAUUAUCAGUACUGGUGUUGGACAGCAUCAGAUGUGGGCGGCGCAGUUUUACAAGUACAGGAAGCCGAGACAGUGGCUGUCGUCAUCAGGCCUCGGAGCUAUGGGUUUUGGACUUCCUGCUGCGAUUGGAGCGUCUGUGGCGAACCCUGAUGCGAUUGUUGUGGAUAUUGACGGUGAUGGAAGCUUCAUAAUGAACGUUCAAGAGCUGGCCACAAUCCGUGUAGAGAAUCUUCCUGUGAAGAUACUCUUGUUAAACAACCAGCAUCUUGGGAUGGUCAUGCAAUGGGAAGAUCGGUUCUACAAAGCUAACAGAGCUCACACUUAUCUCGGGGACCCGGCAAGGGAGAACGAGAUCUUCCCUAACAUGCUGCAGUUUGCAGGAGCUUGCGGGAUUCCAGCUGCGAGAGUGACGAAGAAAGAAGAACUCCGAGAAGCUAUUCAGACAAUGCUGGAUACACCAGGACCAUACCUGUUGGAUGUGAUCUGUCCGCACCAAGAACAUGUGUUACCGAUGAUCCCAAGUGGUGGCACUUUCAAAGAUGUAAUAACAGAAGGGGAUGGUCGCACUAAGUACUGAGAGAUGAAGCUGGUGAUCGAUCAUAUGGUAAAAGACUUAGUUUCAGUUUCCAGUUUCUUUUGUGUGGUAAUUUGGGUUUGUCAGUUGUACUACUUUUGGUUGUUCCCAGACUUACUCGCUGUUGUUGUUUUGUUUCCUUUUUCUUUUAUAUAUAAAUAAACUGCUUGGGUUUUUUUUUCA